GUAAGCGCAUCGACCCGGCCAAGGCUAAGCAAAUGGAACGUCUCGGAAUGGGUUUUAAUCAUAAGUCUGGCGUAUCACAUUCAGCCUUAACCGACAUGAAAACGAUAACUCAAGAAGCGUCACCGAAAUUCUCAACGAAAACCUACGAAAAGGAGCCAAAAGAUGACUUUUUCGACGAGUACUCGACACUGUACUCAGCGCCAUCAAAACGGGACCAUGAACUCGAAAUGAUGGGCUUCGAAACCAUUGAGCCCAUCAAUUCGAAUUCCAAUGUUUCGACAAUGUUCUCGCCAACACCGUCGAAAAAUCGUAACAUUGCCGACCAGCCCACUUCACGUAGUAAUGCCAAAGUUACGCCGGGCGGUACAAAAUACACAACCUAUGACAAUGACGACGCUGCUCAGAAAAAAUUCGGAUCGGCCAAAGGAUUCGGAUCGGAUCAAUUUUUCAACACCGAAGCUACGUCAUUCGAGCGAUCGGCCAAUCUGGCAAAGUUCCAGGGGUCAAACAGUAUUUCGUCGGCGGAUUAUUUCGGUGAUGGACCGAGUGGCGGUAGGACCGAAGGACGAGGUUACCGAGGACCGAGUUACUCGGGACCAGAUUUGGAUGAUGUAAAGGAAAGUGUACGACAUGGCGUUACUAAAGUAGCUGGCCGCUUGAGCUCAAUGGCUAAUGAUAUGAUGUCUUCUUUUCAAGACAAGUACGGUGGUUAACGAGCAAAUUGCAAUCUAUUUUCGUUUCUUUGUUACACUCAUUCAUUCAUUUUUUGUUCGUGAAUCGAUAUGUCAAGUUGGUUAAUCUUUUGUCUUCGAAGAAAACGCGAGAAUCUGAUGAACAUUUCCAAAAUAAUUUUUCGUUUUCCAGAUAAUUUGAAAUUUAAUUCUCGAACCUUUUUCCCCUUUUUUUCUUUAUUUUUUUUUGGUUUGGUUCACUGUUGCAACCUUUAGUCAAAAAUCACAUACUUUUUAGCUUUAAACUAGCAUGUGCUACUUGUAAAGGGAUUUAAAUUGUAAAAUAAAACCACAAGAAAAUAUUGCCUGAAUUAAAUAAGAAAAAC